CUAGCUGUCACACGCAUAAUCCACACAAUCUGUCUAGUGUCGCUCGUAGAAGAGGAAGUAGGCCGACGACUGGGCGGCCGCCACCUCGGCAGAUGGCACAUCUCGCACAAGCAGAUCAGACGCAUACACAAACGCACCAUCAUCAUAGGCGCCUGCACACACACACACACACCCAACACACACAGAGUAUGGACGUGUGCACACGCAGAGGCACCGGCCGGACGUCAGUUUCGCUCGCCACUCACCAGCUCCUGCUGCUGCUGCUGGCGGUGUCGGCAUGUGUUUGCCGAUGAUUUCGAGCAGGCUGUGGCAGCCCCGCUGCCUCUUGCGCCGAUACGCACUGUAGUGGCCAGCCGUCGCACUCCCUGCACCCACACACAGACGCAGCACCCAUAUGAGAAUGAGUGGCCGCGGUUGCCUCCUGUCCUGUGUGUGAAUCUAUCUUCGUAUGCUGUAUGUACCUGAAUGGCACAUGACGGCUGCCAUUGUGUAGCGGCAAUGUGGAGGCUGACGCGGCACACAGGGGGAAGGGCAAGGGGACACACGCUCCUGAAUGCGCAAACCCACCAACAGACAACACAACAGUGUUUUGACAACGAGGUCAAAGACAGCGAACGAACACCACUCCAGCACCGAUCCUGUUCGCCUCACCGGUGGCGCGCUUGCAGGCUCCUGUGGGUCGAUCUCUACCGCUCCCGCGUUGCUCGAAUGCCACGAACGACUCACCGGCAUCGCACACCGAGCAGCAGACUGGCCAACACUCUCGCCGCCGCUACUCGCCCCCUGUCCGCUCCCUGACAGCGGCAAGUCCAUGACGAGCGGAAAAGCCACCGGCCGAUCGUUCUUGACCGCCAAACUGCCCGCGCCAAAGCCGCCCUGCACAUUGACCCGCUGAAUCAACACGCCCAGCAUCUCCGGAGGCUUCUCCAAGGCAGUCUCCUCCACUUGGCUUGUCUUGAUCUCACGACUGGCGAUCUGCGAGAGAGACGCGAUGAGGGAAGAGUCGCCCGUGGUCUGCAGGUGGGAGGCGAUGAUUGCGCGAAGGGCGUGCUGGAUGGCCUCGAUGUCGGGCAGGGCGGUGGCCGGAUAACACUGGUUCUGUUGUGUUGCUGCGAAAGGGGCCAUGAAGGCGAGCAGGGCUUUCAGAGUGCGUCGCAGGCAUAGCAGAUGCCACACACACGGAAGCAGCGCCAGAGACGUCGAGAAAGGUGGGUGGGGAAUGUCUUGUUCGCUCGUUGCACCGGCAGACGAUGGCUCCUGGAACAAGCCCAUCCGUUCCCUCAGCUCCCUCCCAAUGUCGUCACACGUGCAUCGCGCACACGCCACAUCCUCCAGCACCCGCGCACGCCACUCGCCGGCCAUCAGACCCACCAAGGACACCGGAAACGACGAAGACCCCCAACCACCACCACCACCACCACCAGCACCAGGUGGAGCAUAGUAAGGCAGCGGCAACAGCACGUCACCCAUUUCUUCGUAUUUGCAGCGUGCCAGACAGCCGCACCGUUGGCACCACCUUGUCUUGCGCAGAAGGCCUGUCUUGAGGGGAAUCGGGGGCGGAGGGAGGGGGGACAUCUGCAGCAGGUGGUCGUCGGGUGGCUGGGAGUCGCUGGGGGGGCCGGUGGAGGGGGUGGGCUCUUCACGCGGGGAAGAUGAGUCGCUCGACGUGGCGGCCUGCAAAAGCUGCAUGAAUGCACAACACACACACAGGACCAAGUCAACAAUCACGUUGUGGAUGCCUCCUCUCCACUCCGCCCCACCCCAGACCGUUCGUGUGGAAUGCGCCCGACACUCCUGCAGGUAGGCCUCCCGAAAGUAGCCAUCGAUCUCGUCAAGUAUGAGCGUGUGCGCCUCAUGCACGUCCUGCUGAGUGAACGACCAAAACCCUCUCUCCAGCAGGAACCCCCGCACAACCUGCAACGCGUCACGCGGCGGCCCCCUAUCACCGUCCACACCCCCAUCGCCGUUGACAUAGCCGACCACCCGGAGCAGAGCUGUCACCAGAGGCCGUUGGGUGUUCUCGGGUUUGGUCAGGUAGCAGAGCCGCCUUGUGAGUGAGUUGUUGAGCGACGCGUAGGACUGGAUGAGUGAGUUGAGGUAGCAGCAGAGGGAAGAGUUGGGGAGGCCGCGGACGGAAGCAGAUGUCGGGGGUGGCUUGUGGCCGGCUGCUGCUGCCGCUGAUGAUGAAGACGAAGAUGAAGACUCAUCCACUUGCUGCGAAUUCAACACAGAUGGAUACACGCAAGCAGUCAGAUUGAAACGGUGAUGGUGUGAUUUGAUUGCGGAGGCACAAGCACACCUGUUGCGUUCGUCGGUGCCUUUUGUGAUGGCGUAAGAUGGAGGCAUGGAGGCCCGCUCGCGCGAUGAUAUCCAUCACUUCAUCGAUCUACCUAUCCAUCAACUUUCGGAUGCCAGAUCCUGGCUCCUUGAUCCAGCAAGCAGCAGAGCCUCACAAGUCUGUGAUCCCACAUCAUCGCUUG